AUGUGUAUGAUAAUCAUGUUCAUUCUUAGAAUAUUCUUAGCCUUUUUUGUUUUGGGCGCAUUGAUGAUGUCUUCAGUCUAUGGUAGUGCAGGUUUAAUGAAACCAAUUCCAAGAGAAGGUGAAACUUGUGAUCCUACCCAUGCCAAAGGUUGUAACAUCAGAAUUCCAUGUCUUCCAAGAUCAACUGAAUCUGUCAAUUAUAUCAAUGUAAAGGAACCAUAUUCGAUUGCAAUUUAUCAAUUGAAUCCAAGAACUACAUCCAAUUCUACCAACACCUACACUUUGCAAUUCUUCAAGGAUACAUCGUCAACUGGUAUUCAAAUGGUUACUUUUAACCAAAACGAAAUGAAUAGUACCAAGUCAUCCUAUGAAAUCAAACUUGAACCAAUCAUCAACAUGGUGUCGAUGAAGAAUGAUACCGAAACCUAUGACCAACUCGUCAAAACUGGAAAGCUUAAUGGAUACUUUUCAUUGUCGUUUGAUGCUCGUUCCGGUGGUAAUGAAGAUUUCACUUUCUACUCUUGUGCCGAUGUCCUCCUCACCACUGAAAAGAGAGUCUUGAAGGGAACCAAUAUCGUCGUCGAUGGAUCCGUUACCAUUACUGAAGGUGCCACUGACACUAGUUUGGGUGAUGCCAAGGUUGGUCACGGUCAAAGUAUCAGUAUCCCAGGCUUGGUCGAAAGUACUGCUCCAGGUGCCGACGUCCACGAAGGUGAAAUGGGAAAUGUUGAACAAAACCCAGAAUCUCAUGUCACCAAGUCGGCCAGUGCUCAAUUGGGUGCCACCGCCUUCUAUGUUUUGACCACUGUCACCACUUCAUUGUACUUAUUGUCAACCUAUUUCAUCAACAAAAAGGAAAAGCAAGCUUAA